GAUAAUUUCAGCCGUCUAGUUUGCUACGAACUGCAUGAUCAUAAGAUGAUUCUCUAGUAGCAGUGUUAUGAUAUUCAUCCUUGUCAAACAAGGAAGUAAAGUCAAAAUGUUUUUCUUCCUCAUUCUAGUAAUUUCUAGUUUGCAUCCAUCAGGGUGACUUGACAGCUCGUUGACAGUGGUUGAAUUCUUAGACACAUUUCCUUGUGUGUCUCUUUUCUUAGCACACAACAAUGGAAAGCUUUAGGACAAACGUCAUUACAAGCCCUGUCUUAGCUGUUACAAUUGUAAGAGAGCUGAUUGUUUCUUAUCCUUGUCAGUUUACAGCUGGUUUGGGUACAGGUACAAGAUAAAGCUGAUCUGCCACCUGACAGAGCAGAGCUGAAGUUGAACAUGCAACUUUUAAAUUAUAGCGUGUAUAAAACAUAUCAAACCACCAUGCAACAUACAUCAACAGCUCAUGAACUGAAUGUAUUGAAUGUAAUUCUUACUUAAAACUACAAUAGAAAAAAUAUGGUGGUAUAUAGUAGAGUAACAUGACAGCAGUAUUAAUUGUGUGACAGAUGCACAAGUGAAAUGAUUUGACAUGUGUCGUAUUUUAAUCCCCUAUCUUUUGUUUGUUGAGUUCUCUGGCCAGAACGUUUGGGAAACAGGCCUGCAGUGGUAUUUUUAAUAACAAAAGAGCUGGGGAUCAGAUUAUGUCAAGCUCUCUGAAAUGUCAUUUAAAUGUAAUCAAACCAGUUAGUCGACAACGGUGUGCAGGAAGUCAUGUUGCAGGAAGCCUGUGUGUGUGUGUGUGUGUGAGAGAGAGAGAGAGAGAGAGAACAAGGAGAGGGAGUGUGUCCAGAGUGCCAAAAACAGGAGGAGACGAGUUGUACAAUACGGCGCUGCUUUGAACUUCUCUUACUUUUGUUUCUAAGAUCUAAGUGUGGAUUUAUAGCACAGGAAGAUGCUUGUGUUCUUGAAGAAAAAGACAAGCUGACUUCAUUCCUUAUUAAAGGCCACAUGGAGGUGGAGAGUCAUGGUUUUGAUGAUAGACCAACCAGCCCCUGUGAGACUGCUGUCAGCUGCUGGAGACCUGAGGAUGCCGUUCCCAGACUUGAUCAAGUACUGCAUCCUGGGCAUCUCGAUCACUCUUCUUCUGCUGGCACUGGGCAUCUUGGCAUGGCAGGCCUUCAGAUGCUGCACACAGACACCUACCACAUACACCCAGCAAGGUACUGUCAGCAGUAAUCUGCUGUAUUCAGACAUGAAGCCAAGAACAGCAGGAAACUACUCAGAAGCUCCAAGUACCCGGAUGGAGGACGCCAGCACAGAGGUCCACAGGCUGAGCCGCUGUCUGUCUCAGGGCUCAUUUCCCUCCUCAGAAUCUACUGAGGCAGAGGGAGACAUGGGAGAGCAAGACAACGUUAAAAAGGUUGAUGGAUCGCUCCGUUUCUCCGUGUAUUAUGACCAGCUGCAGUCUCAGCUGGUGGUCACGGUGUUGCAGGUGGAGGGCCUUAUGGAGCAGAAGCACAGACUCCAACCAUUUGUUAAGCUAAGUCUCAUGUGGUCAGACUCAGUGGGAGUGGAAGUGGAGGACUCUACAGAUGAUGAGGCUGAAGGGAUGGCACCCGUCCUAUGGACAGUGCUGCAGGAGUGGCGGACUCGCAUUGUGAAAGGCAGCUGUAGCCCUCUAUUUGGAGACCAGUUCAGCUGUAUUCUGCAAGAGCAUAAAGAGCUUCGUCAUCUCAACCUCAGGAUGGAGGUGAGGGACUUUGAUAAAUUCUCCAGAAACACAGUCUUAGGACAGGUGAGGGUUCCCUUAGGGCAGCUCAAAAUCUCCUACCCUCUGGAGUUACAAGAAGAUCUGCAGAUACCCCAGAAGGAUCUUGUAGGAGAAGUGCUUCUGUCUUUAAAGUUUCUUCCCACUUCGCAGAGGAUUGAGGUUGGACUGCUAAAGGUCAAAACGGCCAUCACUGAAAUGUGCUCAGAUGCAGCCUUGUAUGCCAGGAUCAGUGUGCAGUGCAACCAAUGCAAGCUGAGAUACCAGAAAACAUCCGUAGUGGCCCGCUGCCUGGUGACCGUCUUCAAUGAAGUCUUCAUGUUCUCCCUGCCAGAUUUUCCUCUGCAACAGUGUAAAAUUGUGGUGUCUGUGUUUGAGACUCGCACGACUAAGAAACCAACCAAACAUCUGAUUGGACAGUUGGCUGUGGGGAAAGAGAAGAGUUCAGAAGACAAGCACUGGAGCUUGAUGAUGUCCUCAGUCCGUCAGCCAGUAGCAAAGUGGCACGGUCUCUUGAACUGACUGACAUCAGAUCCUCUUCCUGGAUGUGCUCCUGGACUGUAGAGGGAUCUGCACCUGUUCAACACCAGGCCAAACAUGGACUACUCCUCCUCUUUCCUCAGCUACAUUCAGGACAGUGACUGCUCAGCUAAAACCUGAGGUCACUCAGUAUACUUGUUCACAUAUUUUCAUAUUAAAAGAUCUCUAAAUGCUGCAUCUGACCUUCAAGAUCAAGAUUACUCUUGUUUUGCACUGUCUGUGCCAAUGUUAUAUUUAUCUUUAGACUCGACCACUAACUAUUGCCUUAUAUGUACAGUAAGAUAAACUAAUAGUGGUUGUUAAAGUGCAGCAGGCACUGUGGAUUUCCCCUAAUACAUACUGAUAAAGAAAGUUUACCAAGGAUGAGUAGUCAUAUAAACAUUUGUUAGGUGAGUACUUUUAGGCUAAAGAUUUCUUUUGCCUUUGACCCUCUACUGGAUGCAGCACAGUGAUUUUAUAACAGGCCAUCUGUUGCCUUUACAGUUUGAUUGUGAUUUGUUUGUGAAGGCAGAAAACCAAAGUACAGGUCUUCUGAACUCACAGUAUGUGCUAGCCGUAAGCAGACAAGAAUUAAACCUUCACUUAUUUUCC